AUGUCCGAUGGCAUCUACGAGCACCCUGAGUGGUGGCCAGAGCUGCAAGCUGGCGCGUCCAGUUUUGAAGAGUUCCAAGCUCAUCAGCACCUCAUGAAUGCCACACUGUGCCCACAGCCCUGCAUGGUGAGGUAUCAGCAGUACUUGGUGCCCACCUACCGGUCUCAGCACCAGUAUCCCAUGAAGGGCGUCUCCUAUGGAGCGUCUCCGCUGAAGAACACGGGCGUUCUGUUGACCGAUGACGAUUUCAUGACAGACAUCACGGGCGCCAUGUGGGACAGUUGGGGCCGUGGAGAUUUGGAUUUGCUGAAAUCCAUGGGUGUGAAUACGUUGCGCAUGUACGGCAACGAUCUGAACUACAGCCACCGGAGCUUUUUGGAUGGAGCCUAUAAGCGGGACAUGGACAUCAUCGUGGGCCUCAGUGACUGGGGCUUCAUCCAAGGGCCGGAUCCUUGCGACAGGAAUGGCUACGAGUGCUUCUCCCAAGUCUACGAGGCCUACAAGAACAACCUCCUGAAAGGCUUUACCAUUCGGAACUACACCAUGUACCACCCUGCUCUCAAAGCGUUGAUCAUUAGCAACGAGCCCGACCUGAAGGUCCACCCGAGGACCUCUGUGUGUCGUGCGAUGAUUAGCAGCCUGGAUGCGAUUUUGCAGGCGGAGAAGGACCUGAAUGUUACGGAGAAUCCCAUUGCUUUCACCGUGACCUUCUCUUUUGCAGCCUUUGGGAAGAACCCUCCAGGGCUUGGACAAAUGCAGGAGCUCUACCACUGCCUGGAACAUCCAGAAGCACCUCCGACCAACUACAAGCCGAAGAACGAUGUCUUGACGGCCUUCCACCAGCGCUGGGUACACAGCUUCAACACGGCCGCCCCGGGGCAUGUGGUCGAGGAGCUCUUCCUCGACAAGUACAAGAAGAGCAUUUUUUGGUCAGAGAAGAUGAAGAUCCCUCUGUUCAUUGGCGAGUACCACAGUGUGCACGUGGGCGCGAAGGAUGACUUACCCAUUUUGGUUGGCGAUGCGCUGUCGCCAACGUAUCCCUUCUUCCUGGGCUACAACUUUUUUGAGCAGCGACCUUAG